CAGCAACCACCGCUCAUCUUAUCUACUUGCUUUCUCUUCUGCCCGUCUUUUAUGGCCAGUCAGCCAUGAUUCUAUUUUGGCCUGCUUACUGCCGUCCGGGAGGCAUACGCAUGUGGCCCUUUCGGGUUGCUGAUGGUUGUGCACAUCGCCGCGCCCGUACCCUCGAAACAUUGGUCAUGGAUCAAAGGGCUGCAUCGCUGUCACCUAGUGCACCAUCCUAUGUGCAGAGUGUUCAUGGUUUCCGAAGUCAGCACACCGUCAUUGGCCUUAGUCGGGGCUAAAGCAUGGUGACUUGGAAAUUACCCGUCGAACUAUGACUUGUCACGAUCCGAGGCGCCUGAGCGAAAAGGCGUGAUCCUCUGGACGAGGCUGUUAGCUUCUUUCAUAUACCUUUCCGGAGGCUAGCUUUAUAAACCCACCUGCCCACUCUUUGGGCGCCAGUUGGUGUUGACAGGCGCCUAACAUUUGAUAAGAACACUGGACCUCCGCCUUAUUUGGCACUCGAUGACUCCUCCCAAGUGUGGAUGGAUUAUACUGCCUGCAGUUCAUUCGUCAUGCCCGAGUCUUCUGGAACGCUACGGGUAUAUCUCAGUUAUACAGAUUGACCAAUAUUGCGAUCCGCUUGUAUUUACUGACGGGCUUUUCUUGCCGGUGAAACUAAAAGCCGGACGGGAUUUCACGCCGGCCAGAUUUCAAUAUGGGACUUCAGACGUUGUGUCUAGACUCGCCUGUUUUCCAUUGAAAUAACUAGCAAGUGGACAUAUCGACUAUUAGUUGCUGCUGUUCUUCAACCUCGUUCUUCUUGGAUAUCCAUGGGCAUCUUGUGUGUUCAUUCAAGCAUAGACACAAAGGGUACGCUUGGUAAGGUCAAGUCUGGCGUCUUCAGAUGUAUGGGCCUCUAUUGCACACCCGUCAGGCUUUGCACAUCCUCCCGGCGUAUAUAAUCCAAUGCAGUGAUGUUCCAAAUACAGUCUGGACUCACAACGUUCCGGACUGAUAUAUGCAUGGAUGGGCGGGAUGUAUGAGAAUACACCACCAGACCAUCAAACUUUUGUGACUGAUUUAAAGCAGACUGCAGCACCCUCUGCAGAGCAUCUUGUACGAUUCAAUUAUAGACAAG